AUGGCUGGCAUGCCCGAGGAUGAUGAGACUCGCAAGAAACUGUGGACGCUGAUUGCCAAACAUACGAUCGACGCUGGAGGUGAGAUCAAGGACGCCAUGAACAUUUUGAAGGAGAGUGAUUUGUUGAAGAUUGAGGAUAUCCUGCCUUUCUUCCCUGACUUCGUCCUGAUCAACGAUUUCAAGAAGGAGAUUUGCGAGUCGCUCGAAGUGUACAAUGACCGCAUUGAACAGCUAAAGGAAGAGAUGCAAGACUACACCCAGUCGGCCGAAUUGAUUCGUGCUGACAUGCAGUAA